AUGAUCGUAGUGUAUAUACGAGAAUUUCCCGUUCCGGCAACUUUGGCUAGUAACGACGACAUUUCCUUCUACGCAGGUGCUGGUCGUAGAUUUCUCAACACCAAGAAAAUAACCAGGUUUGGUAGAAGAGGAGAGAUGCCAUUCCUCGAGGGUCGAAGUCGGAUCACCUCAUCACGCAAGCGCUCCCUCUCUCCAACCGCAGAUCACGACCCUCCCUCACCCCCAAAACGCCAUAAGAUAUCCUCCAACAAUGACGAACCACCACCUCGAGAACCAGAACCCGGCUCCUCCUACCUCGAAAACCUCCCCUACGAACUAAUAUCCCGCAUCUUCGCCUCCUCCUCCAACCCUCACCUCCCCCUAACCUCCCGCACCCUCUUCCACACCUUCGAAUCCAACGCCUCAACCGACACCCACCUCAAACUCUCCUUCAUCCUCUCCAUGUGUGGCCAAAAACACCACGUAACACGACGAUUCUUGGAGAAAGGUUGGUUUCGGAAUAUUUUUGGGGUGGAGGUGUUAGAGAUGUAUGAGCGGAGUGUGUUGACGCCGUACGCGUAUCGGGAUGCGACGGAUGGUGGGGGGAUACCACCGGUGGGCGUUGUGACGAGGGUUGAGAAGGGGUAUAUGAGGGUGAAGCCGCCUGAGAUUCCUGACAGACUAUUUCGUGAGCCACGGCUACAGGAAAAACUCCUCCUCCUCGAAGCCCUCAUUAACCGCAACUUCACGAUCUCCCGACACAACCCCUACCCUCUCACAAACCUCCUCCGCCUCCCAAACCCACCACUCACCUAUGUCCGUCUCCUCCUCACCCACGGCGGCUGCAACAUUCACGCAAGCUCUGACGCAGCGUUAUUACAGUGUGUCAAAAUGGGGAGAUUCGAGUUGGUGAAGAUGUUGGUGGAGGAGUUUGGGGCGGAUGUUAAUGGGAAGGGGGUUUUGAGGAAGGCAGUGGAUGGGGGGAGGAGGGAGAUGGUGGAGUGGUUGAUGGGGAAGGGGAGUGUGCCUGGGGUUGGGUUGUUGUUGGGGAUGAAGGGGUGAGCUUCAACAGUCGUGCAACAUGAGCGAACACGCCAUCACGAAGAAGCAAUGAUAGACACGGGCACGGACGUGGAGUUACGGCUGCACUUGGGGCUGGGGCUGGACGGGACGCGCAGAGUGAUGACACA